UGAAAGUAUGAGACUGUUUUAGUCAGAUGGUUUAAUUUAACACUGGCAUACGGUGUUUUUUUUACCAUACAUGAACAGACCGUGGCACUUCAGCUCGCGCUGUUUACACCGCGGCAGAUGGUCACCAUUGUAUGUCAGUUCGUAACUUUACAGUAGAAGUGAUGGCAUCACAAUGCGAGUACUUCAUGUAUUUCCCUGCCGCUCCAAUAUCCAGUCUGUCCAACCCGGCGGACUACGCGACUCUUCCGCGGCGCAACCACGUCUACCUCGGGGAGGUCGUCCAGUUCCUGCUGGUCCUGCGGUCCCGGAACACGGCGGGGAGGAGGGAUGACAGCUCCGGCGUUUUACCUUGGAAGGAGCUGGCGGGCUCUCUGUCUGCUCUGGCGAGCGCGUGCGUCGCCGAGAGCCGCGAGCAGAGACCCGGCGGCGAGCACCAGCCGGACCUCCAGAGCACCGACAGCGAGGACGGCGGGGAAGAGGAGCCCGGGGACAGGGAGUCUGGAGGAGAACGACCGGAGAGCAGCCGGACUUUCAGACAGUGCAGCCCGCAUCUCGUUCACAACAGCUCGGCCAGUGGCAGGCGACAGUCUGGGACGGAACCGGUGAAGGCUGCUCUGGUGCUGGAGGACCAGGUUAUCUUCCGUCUCAGCGUCUCUUUGGAUAAGCUGCCGGUCAACACACGGAAAGCCAAGAUCAUAGUGACCGUGUGGAGGCAGGAGGAGGAGGAGGAGAAUUGGGAGGUGAGGGAACACGGCUACCUGACUCUUCUGCAGCUCCGGAGUCCGAUGCACACCUUCAGGCAGGACCUCAGCACCUUCAGGGCUCAGGUCAGCACCAUCCUGAAUGUUCUUCCACCUCCCAGUGUCCAAUGUCAGCACAUGGCCGUCUCCGGAAAACACCUGACUGUCCUCAAAGUGUUGAACUGCAGCUCUCAGGAUGAGCUGUGUGUCAGAGAUGUGAAGAUCCUUCCUAACUAUAACUCGUCCUACCUCCCCAUGAUGCCAGACGGCUCGGUUCUCAUAGUCGACAACGUCUGCCACCAAUCAGCCGAGGUCACUGUGGCGUCUUUCCAUCGGAUGAACGGCGAUUCGUCACGCUUACCCAGCACCCUCAGCGCCCUGGAGGAGCAGAACUUCCUGUUCCAGCUGCAGCUACAAGACAAAGCGGAGGAGGACUCCAGCGAGGGGUUGGAGGUCCAGUUGGUGGCUGUGUUACAGUGGUACACUCCAACACUGCCUUUAACAAGAUACAUCUCCAGUUGUUACUUGUUGCCCAGUAUCUCCUUGGACCGUCCUUUGCUGGUGAUGACAGCUUCCUGUCCCCGCGCGGUCAGGCCUUCAGAGCACUUCUGGGUGAAAUACACCCUGCUUAACAACCUGCAGGACUUCCUGACCGUCCGUCUGAUCUGGAAUUCGGAUGCUGACAGAGGAGGCCAGCAGGAUCACAAGGCCCACCCGGCAGUGGUGUGCCAGUCUCCCCUCAACAACCUGGGACAGUGCAGGAAGGGCUCCACCCUCUCCUUCACCGUGGCCUUCCAGAUCCUCAGGACUGGACUCUUUGAGUUGAGCCAGAACAUGAAACUGAAGCUCCAGUUCACAGCCUUGGUGUCCACUCCCCCCGUGGAGCCUCGGUCGCCGAUGAGGAACAGCCCUACGUCGUCAUCACCAUCAUCAUUCGGCCCCACAGCCAGAGAGCUGCUGGAGAGACACGGCCCGGGCCGAUCUCAGAGCUUCUCCCACCAGCAGCCGUCCAGGUCCAACCACGUCAGGUCAGGCAGCGUGAUGGUGCACCGGGCCGCCACCCCUCCCGUAGGAACCCCAAAGGGUAGAGGCCUGCCCCCGCCCACCGACCACGCCCUCAUCUCACUGGACAAAAUAGCCAAGAGAGAGUGUAAGGUGUUAGUGCUGGGACCGUUCCAAGAGACACACAGCAGAUGACCUGGAGAGGAGGGUUUUGAAUGAAGAAGCACAGUGAUUGGUCCCUGUGUCCAGCCUUCUCUGGCUGAAGACUACAAGAUGUUGAUGGAGAGUCGGACGGAGGAGCAGAGAGGAGUGGUGAUUGGUCAGAGAGUGAGGUGAUGGAGCAAUGCUGCUGUCCACAACAAUUCUUCAUUUCAUUGGUUCAUCAUUUCAAUUAUUGUUUUUACACAUCCUUUUAGCAUACAUUCCAUUUCACUCAGUGGGUUAUUUUCAUUUACUUCCUUAUGCCUCUGUGAUUUUGUUGAUAUUCAUAGUUACUAGUAUGUUGAAAUGUUUUAUGUAAUAAGGAAAUAUAAUCAGGAAACCCCAGAUUGCCUGUUUGGGCCAGGCCUGGGUACACAGAUAAAGCUGUAUAGAUCCAGUAGUUUAGAUUUCCUCAGUUAAAGUAACAUCCCAACAUUUUUUUGCCGUCAAACUAUCAGUGAGAUCUGAUAAAAGCUGCACACAAAGACCUCCUAACAGUCUCAAAGAAGGAGAGUGAGGCCCGGCGGGGCCAGGUACUGUUCGCAUAACAAACACUAAUGUAACAUCUAAAGCUAUGGCCACCUAGCUAGCACGCAUAGCAAGGUUCAUUCUUUAUUCACAUUAACUGUGAUAUUCAUUGUGAUGCUAAAUAUGGCUAGCAAAAAAACAUGCUAAUAAUAAAUGUACUAAUUGACGGCCAACUCCUUAGGGUGUCUUUUGAUAUGACCAAGCGCUGAACAAUGCCCUGGUAGCGACCUGUCAAUCACAUUGAGCCCGCCCUAAAGCAUACCCUGCUUUAUGGUCUAUUUGACUCUUAAUGGACCAUAAUUUACUAAAUGAACAUCAUGCUGUAUUGAAAAAGACUUGAAACUAGAGAUUGAGACCAUAAACUCAUGUUUACAAUGUUUACUGAGGGAAUGAAUCAAGAGAGAAGUAGAGUCAUUUUCUCAUAGACUUCUAUACAACCAGAGGAGUCGCCCCCUGAUGGACAUUAGAAGGAAUGCAAGUUUAAGAUACUUCCGCAUUGGCUUCACUUUUCAGAACCAGUGGUUGCCCUUUGGUUGUAACCCAGCCAUCGUUGGUCAACAUUAGUUCCAACAAUAGCUGCUGCAGCCAUUUAAUAAACAUGAUACAACGUGUCGCUAAGACAGAGCUGGGCUAUGAGUUUCCCCUGCUUCCAGUGUUUGCGUGAAGAUAAACAUGUUAUCAAACUUUUUCUGUGCUUUAAAACACAGAUGUCAAAUUAAUAUUGACCUGCUACAUCUGAUUCUGAGUAUGACGGCAAAUAGGGAGACAGAAGAUGAGACAGAAGUUUCACUCAGGUGGUUUUGACUAAAACCUCUUUAUUCUUUGUUCAACACAAACCCUCUAACGAGUACCAGCUUUUAGGUUUUGUUGACAAUAAUCUGAUAAUCUGUCAAUCCGGAACAGUCCAGGCUUUAAUUGUUUGCUAGUGAGGGAAGUGUGUCAGUUAUUACAAUUAAUAUUGAUGGUUUAAAGGUUACAAAAAAAGUAUGUUAAAGGUUAACACUGGAUGAGAGCUGCAUUUCAACUCAUACUGGAAGUGAAUGCUCUCAGGUUGACCUCCAUUGGUCUAUUUUAAAAGAGGAUGGAAUUUAAAUUAGCUUGAUUAGCAGAAGUCUUUUCACUGGCUGAUUUAUUUAAAUGUACUUGUCUUAAUGAUGUGUAUUUAUUGCUAAUGUUCAGGUUUUCAAUUUUUGUUUUUGUCUUUUAUUUGAUCCCUCGUAUACACUCCACGGUCCAACAACCUUUCACAGCGUUGUCCAGAAAUUAAAACCUGAACAAUGAGGCGUGUAUAAUGAAUAUUGUGCACCUCAUCUCACAUCUCAUGUCUGCAGUGGGAACAGGGUUCAUCUGCUCUGAGAGCUUGUUAUGGGAUUAAUGCUGUCUAGAGCCAGCACUUUGUGUUUACAUCCACUUUCUAUUACAGUUCUGAAUCCACAUUUAGAGCAUUCCAUUGAGGAGCCAUUAAGCUUUUAAAAAAGGCUGAUCAUUUUAACAUUAUUUUUAUUUUUUUAGGAUGUUUGGGGAGAAAAUGAGGAACAUGUUUUGAGACAAUUCUUUGAGUUUCUUUAUUUGUUCAGAUUAAUUUACUUGAAAGAUGUGUUACAUCUAAUGACUGGAAAACUGACAGAGAAGUAAUUAUUCAUGUAUUAUUGGAAACUUGAAUUGUUCGACUGUUGACAAAUGUCCUACUUUGAUUUGUCAUGGACCAAAGUUAUGGUGAAGGGGGUCUUUGAGAUGGAGGUGGCACCAGAAAAAAAACAAAGGGUCAAUAAAAAGUCUUAUGAUCUUCUAAGAGUUUUGAACCUAGCCGCCAGGAAGAGCUCCGGGCUGUGAAGCAAAUUUGACGUAGCGGCCAAAUGCUGGAAUGACAACUUCCGGAUCGGUCACGUGAUGCCCUGGGGCCCAAAAAGACUUUAUCCCCAUUGAUUUACAUCAGGAACGAGAAGUCUGUAACUCAGCGGAUACUUUUUCUUUUAAGUGAAUAUCCGUAGGGGGCCAUCCCAGUGUUAAAGCUCCUACACAUUACAGACCUAUUAUUGACCCCUGUAUGCGAAUGGUGACACUGUUCACAGCGAACAUCAAAAUGUUUACUCCGAGGUCGUAGAAUGUGGGACAACGGGUGGAAUUUUACGAGUGCGACUUGUUUUUGUACACUGGAAAUGUAGUAGCAGAAUGAGUUGCCUUCUACUGAGUCUGGCUGAACACAGCUGCUGCUGUUCUUUGUCUCAAUGUGCCUUUUAUUCCGUUCCUCUGUGGAUCUUCCUUUCAAACAUUGGAGCCGUUGGGGAGGAACACAGUCUGUGAGCGAGGAAGCUCAUUGUGGUGUAACAUGUUUGGAAUCUCCUGUUUUCUGCCCACUUUUUUGGCAAAUAAAG